AUGCUGUGGGGCCUGGUUCAAGAUGUCGCUGCUCAGGAAACCCGUAGACGAAGCUGGGAGGGAUGUCGGGCCUGUGACUUUAUUGACCAGCUCGUCGACCCCCUUCCUCCUGUGAAUCCACAAGCUUCCUUGCCGGCACCCUCGCCAGACAGAAGGCAGACGAGAUGCGGGCUUCUCAAAGGGCCAGUAGUAGCACAACGGUCGAGGAAGAGUCAGGCUCUGAGGAGGAGGCUGCAGAGGGUCCAGCUGCCAAGAGGCCUCGAAGCAGCCAAGGAGGGACAAGCGGGCAGGGAGGCAGGGAGGGCACGUAGAAAGCGCAAGCAGGGAGAGUAG